GACGACGAUAACAACAAGGAAGGUUCCUCAAUGCAGUUGCUCUUCCUGCUAGAAAUAGCAACCGCAUUUUCUUUAAACUGUUAUAUCUGAAAGGUUUUUUUUUUGUUUUUAAAAAAGAUAGAAGUACUCAUUAGAUGUGAUCCUGUAGACUACUGCCCAAAAGCAGAAGAAACAAAAACAAAAACAAAAGCAUUAUUAAACAAAAACAGAAAAGCAUGGCAGUAAUGGCCGGUAUGCCUGUGAUCAUAGGUCUGUUCGAUUAGGGCUGAUCUAGGGUUGAUCAGCAACAAUAGCAACAGCAAACCAGCGCCUCUAUCUUACCGCCUCCGUCUUAUCGCCUCCAUCUUACCGCCUCCAACUUACCGCCUCCAUUUUACCGCCUCCAUCUCACCACCACCACCACAACCAUCAUUAUCAACAUCAUCAUCACCAUCGUCGUCACUAUCAUCGUAUUCAACAAAAUAACAUUCAACAACUACAAAUACUGACAAGGACGACAUAAUUUCAGAAGAAAACAUCAACCUUGCCGUUGAUUUAUAAAUUUCAUCGUCUCCUGAUCAACCCCACUCUCCUCCGCUUUCACCCCGUCCUACUCCUCCUCCUCCUCCUCCUCAUCAUCAUCAUCAUCAUCACCGACGUUAUCAUCAUUGCCAUCAUCCUCACUUGACGUACACAAAUGGAUUCGUCAAUGUCCUACUGGUCAAUUGUGAUCGCCCUCAAUUGGUUUUUUCACGGGACCCUUUCAAUAACGACAGUGCUCCCCACUGUAAACAACAACAACACCAACAACACCAACAACAUCGACACCAGCAGCGACACCAUAGAGAUCAAAGUCGGCGUACUCGGACUGGAUUAUGAAGGCUACCCUUUCAGUAUACCCCGAAUAGGUCCGGCUAUCGAACAGGGUAUCGAACGGGUCAACAAUGAGAUGCUUAAUUCCAGUUUCAAAUUGACACCUGUUAUCAAAGUCUACGGCCAUUAUUGCGCAACAAGCAAAGCACCAGGCAUGGCAGCCGAGUUGUUCUACCACGAUAAAAUCGUAGCAUUCCUCGGUCCAGCCUGUACAUAUGCCGUCGAACCGACCAGCCUCAUGGCAUCGUAUUGGAAUAUUCCGUUAAUUACAGGUCUUGGUGAUAAUGGAAAGUUCAAAAACAAAACCAUUUAUACAACGAUGACCCGAAUGUCGUUUUGCCAGUGUAGAAUCCGCCGAGUACUCGCCAGUGUCUUCCGCUAUUACCAUUGGAAAAACGUCUCACUUAUAUAUGACGUCAGUGACGCUAAUUCGGAUGUGCUGGGAAACACCUUGAAAGACGGUCUUGUGAAGUCUGGUUUUGAACCGAACGUUAUUUCUUUCAAUGGAAUUUUUAACACUAGCUUAGGUUAUUAUUUACGGUCAGCAUCUAGUAGAUCCAGAAUAAUUCUCUUAAUAGUUCCCGGAGAAACGAAGAGGAAAUUUCUACUGGAAGCCUACAAUAUGGGUUACAUUGACGGUCAGUAUGUCUUUAUCGACAUAGUCAUGUUUUUGUUUGAUGGUGAAUACGUUGGAAACCAUGACUGGAAAAGAAUGGACGGCCAGGAUAUCAUUGCUAAGAAGGCGUUCGAAGCUUUACUCCGAGUGUCGCUUUACAUUCAAUAUGGAGAGAAGUGGGAUGAAUUUGAGAAGAACGUGAAAGAAGUAGCUCAAAGAAAAUAUAACUUCACCUUCGGAGAAGAAAAGGCAAAUUAUCUCAUUGGUACUUUUUAUGAUUCGGCAAUUUUGUAUGGUUACGCUCUUAACGAAACACUUGAAAGUGGUGGAAACAUUCGGAAUAGUACCGACAUCACUAGAAGAAUGUGGAAUCGUAAUUUUACAGGUAUAACUGGAGAAGUGGUUAUUGAUGAUAACGGAGACCGAGAAUCAAGUUUCUCAAUUCUGGAUAUGAAUCCUAUCACUGGGAAAUUUCAGGUCGUGGGUCAUUAUCUUGCUAACAAACCCUAUUAUGAACCUGUCCCUGACGUAAAAAUUCACUGGCCUGGAAAUUUACUGGAGCCUCCUCCCAAUGAACCUCGUUGUGGAUUUCUUGGAGACAAUCCGGCUUGUAUUAAAAGACAGGGCAUUCCCAUUUAUGUGUACAUCUUACUGGCUGUUUUUGGGAUAGGCCUGUUAUUAAUGAUCGUUGGUUUCAUUGUCAAUAGGCGAAACCAGGAGAAGAAGAAUAUGGAGGCUAUGGGAUGGAGGAUUGACCUAAGCGAAAUCAAAUUUGGUACCACCAAACUCCGUAGUGGCGCCAGUGUGAACUUUUGUGGAAGUCAAAUUAGUGCUCAGUCAUCCAAAUCGAAAAUAGCUUCAAUUGUUUCAGAAAAUCAAAUAUUUAUUCAGACAGCUAUUUACAAGGGAGCGCCUGUGGCAGUGAAACGAUUACCUUUUCCAGAUGUUGUUUUAAGCAAGCCUCUGAUUAGGGAAUUAAAUGAGAUUCGCCGAACACACCACCAAAACCUGGUUCAUUUUAUUGGCGCCUGUAUUGAAAAAGGUGCAGUGUUAAUAUUAAAUGAAUACUGUAACAAAGGCAGUCUUCAUGAUCUUUUUGCUAACGAAACAGUCACAUUGGAUCAAGAUUUGCGUAUUUCUUUCAUCAAAGAUCUUGUGAAGGGAAUGAUCUUUCUGCACGAUUCUGAUAUAAAGUCGCACGGACGGUUAACCUCUUCCAACUGUGUUAUUGAUGGACGCUUCGUAUUAAAGGUCUCUGACUAUGGACUUGGUCAGCUCUAUAAACAGAAUAUCUACCCUCCGAAGUUCAGUGAGGAAUACAAAAAACUGUUAUGGCGAGCUCCAGAACAUCUCAGAUCUACGAUGCCAGUACGAGGCUCACAGAAAGGCGAUGUCUAUUCAGUAGGUAUCAUUAUGCAGGAAAUACUUUAUGAGUGUCUCCCAUUUGAAUCUGAAAGUUCGACUUUAACUGAAGAAGAAAUCGUAAGCAGAGUUGAAGCUGGUCUGAAACCUCCAUUUCGCCCCACUUUGGAGACACCAUCCGAAUUUUUUUGCGAAUUGAUACAAAAAUGCUGGAGGGAAAAUCCAGACGAUAGACCUGAUUUGAAAAUAAUCUUAAAUAUCAUUAAGUCCAAGAAUAAAGGGAAAGAUAAAGACAUAAUGGAGACUCUUUUGGGAAGAAUGGAAAUGUAUGCUUCAAACUUACAGUCCUUGGUUGACGAACGAACUGUACAGCUGGAAACAGAGCGAAAGAAAUUGGAAACACUCUUACAUCAAAUUCUACCAUCAUCAAUUGCAAACCAACUGAAGCUCGGUAAACCUGUAGAACCGGAAUCAUUUGAUUGUGUAUCAGUGUUCUUCAGUGAUAUUGUGGGAUAUACAGAUCUCUCGUUCAGCAGUACACCUUUAGAGAUUACGACUCUUUUGAAUGAUUUGUACAGCGCAUUCGAUUCCGUGCUUGAAAAUUUCGAUGUUUACAAGGUUGAAACGAUUGGAGAUGCUUAUAUGGUGGCGUCUGGUUUGCCUAUACGUAACGGCAAAAAACAUGCCGGAGAAAUAGGACGGAUGUCUCUUCAAUUGUUGCAGAAAGUUAGUACUUUUGUUGUGAAGCACCGCCCUAAAGAAGUCCUGAAGCUGAGAAUAGGUAUUCAUUCAGGUCCAUGUGUAGCUGGUGUAGUUGGUGUCAAGAUGCCGAGAUAUUGUUUGAUCGGAGACACUGUGAAUACAGCGUCCAGGAUGGAAUCUACUGGAGAAGCUUUAAAGAUCCAUUGUUCAGCAAUGACGAAGCAACUAUUGGACGAAAUUGGUGGAUUUUUUAUCGAACUUAGAGGAGAUAUAGACGUUAAGGGUAAAGGUAUUAUGAAGACAUAUUGGUUAAAGGGAGAGCAGGACGUGAACACAGAAAAACCAGACCCAUACUGUCUAACACCACCUUCAGAGUAAAAGUAGAUGCGAUAGAUGAGCAGGAGAGAAUUAUAUGAGAACAGAAGAGAGAGAGAACGUGAUAUAUAAAUAGAUAGAUAGAUAGAUAGAUAGAUAGAUAGAUA